AGAGAGAGAGAGACAUCUGGUAGAAAGGAAAGCAAUUAGGUGGGCGAGUGGAGAAGCUAAAGAGAGUAAGUAAAGAAGUAAAAGAAGGAAUUAAUAGGAAAGUAAGCACGCACCGCACGAGCUGAGCAGACUCUGUUUCUUCUCAGUUUCUCCCAAACUAAUUUGUAAAAGUCUUUUGCGAUCUGAUCUGAUCUGAAAUCAGAGAGAGAGAGAGAGAAAUGGCGAACAUAGACAUAGAGGGAAUAAUGAAGGAGCUCCCAAACGAUGGUCGUAUCCCAAAGACCAAGAUCGUCUGCACUCUAGGUCCCGCAUCUCGUACUGUUCCCAUGCUGGAAAAGCUUCUCAGGGCUGGCAUGAACGUCGCUCGCUUCAACUUCUCCCAUGGCACUCACGAGUACCAUCAGGAGACGCUCAACAAUCUCAGGAUUGCUAUGCACAACACUCAGAUUCUCUCCGCCAUCAUGCUCGAUACCAAGGGACCUGAGAUUCGAACUGGUUUUCUCAAGGAUUCAAAGCCUAUUCAGCUUAAAGAAGGUCAGGAGAUUACCAUCACUACUGAUUACAGCAUCAAGGGGGAUGAGAAGACGAUAUCCAUGAGCUACAAAAAGCUGGCUGUGGACUUAAAGCCUGGAAAUACCAUCUUGUGUGCGGAUGGCACCAUUACCCUCAAUGUAUUGUCUUGUGAUCCAGAUGCUGGGACUGUGAGAUGCCGCUGUGAGAACACUGCCAUGCUGGGUGAGAGGAAAAAUGUCAAUCUUCCUGGUAUUGUGGUGGAUCUUCCUACACUGACAGAGAAAGAUAAAGAAGAUAUUUUGGAAUGGGGGGUUCCUAAUAAAAUUGAUAUGAUUGCUCUUUCAUUUGUACGCAAGGGCUCAGAUCUUGUUAAUGUACGUAAGGUUCUUGGGCCACAUGCGAAGAAUAUUCAACUCAUGUCGAAGGUUGAGAAUCAGGAGGGAGUAAUCAAUUUUGAUGAGAUCUUGCGUGAGACUGACUCAUUCAUGGUUGCCCGUGGUGAUCUUGGAAUGGAGAUUCCAGUUGAGAAGAUCUUCCUGGCACAGAAAAUGAUGAUAUACAAGUGUAAUCUUGUGGGCAAGCCUGUGGUCACUGCUACUCAGAUGCUUGAAUCCAUGAUCAAGUCUCCCCGGCCAACCCGCGCUGAAGCCACUGACGUAGCAAAUGCUGUCCUUGAUGGCACUGACUGUGUGAUGCUUAGUGGUGAGAGUGCAGCUGGGGCCUAUCCAGAAAUUGCUGUGAAGAUAAUGGCUCGAAUUUGUAUAGAGGCAGAAUCAUCCCUCGACUAUGGGGCUAUCUUUAAGGAGAUGAUUAGGUCAACCCCACUUCCAAUGAGCCCAUUGGAGAGCCUUGCAUCAUCUGCUGUACGGACUGCUAACAAGGCCAAAGCAAAACUGAUUGUUGUGUUGACACGUGGAGGAACCACGGCCAAGUUGGUUGCCAAGUACAGGCCAGCUGUUCCAAUCCUGUCAGUAGUUGUUCCAGUUUUGACGACAGACUCGUUUGAUUGGACUUGCAGUGAUGAGACACCAGCAAGGCAUAGCCUAAUAUACCGGGGUUUGAUUCCUCUGCUGGCUGAGGGAUCUGCUAAGGCCACUGAUGCAGAAUCGACUGAGGUGAUUUUGGAAGCUGCUCUGAAGUCAGCAACACAGAAGGGCCUCUGCAAGCCUGGUGAUGCAGUAGUGGCACUUCAUCGUAUUGGAGCUGCCUCAGUUAUUAAGAUCUGCGUUGUGAAGUGAUAAUUGAUAGGGUAUGCAGGAGACAAUGCUUGGCAUCUAAAGGUGGUUAUGUUUGGAUUUUAUCUAUUUUAUGUUUAUGCUAUUUAAUCUUCACAAUACUAAAAAUAUUCAGCUAUUUUUCAUCUUUUUGGAGCUAUGCUGGAUUUCUUGUUUUUCCAGUUAGCUAAUGUUAUGAAAUAUUUUACAAUGCCCUGGUAGAAAUAAGGGGCAGGACAUCCCUUUUAAUAUUUCUGGUUGUGGUAGUUCCCAUUAGAUAUUCGCACCAAGUUACUUUUGUAA